AUGGGUAACGACGGUGGAAGUAUCCCAACCCGGCGCGAGCUCGUCCGCGAAGCAGCCCGUACCCCGAGUACGGCGCAAGUAAAAGAAGCCCAGCGCGAACAGCAAGAACACUCCUGGACAACCUGCCCACUGUCGCACAAGGCACUGUCCCGACCAAUAGUCUCUGACUCGGUCGGGAACCUCUACAACAAAGACGCCGUCCUCCAGUUCCUGCUUCCCGGCGACGAUGGCGAGGGAAUCAGUUCUAAGGCCGACUGCGAGGAGAUCCUAUCCGGGCGAGUAAAGUCGCUCCGGGAUGUUGUCGAGCUGAAGUUCGAAGUUGAUACCGAGCGCACAGAGCAUCCUUCGGACCGUGCCCAUGCGCCUCGUGAGCGCGGCGAGGGCUGGAUCUGCCCUAUCACCGCGAAGCCAUUGGGGCCCGGUGUGAAAUCGGUGUACCUGGUACCGUGCGGGCAUGUCUUUGCGGAGGAGGCUAUUCGACAGCUUAAGGGCGAUAAAUGUUUGCAGUGCAACGAAUCCUAUGCUGAAGAGAAUAUCAUCCCCAUUCUUACCACCAAAGAAGAUGAUAAGAAGCGCCUCAUUGCGCGGGGUCACAAACUUGCUGAGCAGGCUCUCACACAUUCUCUUAAGAAAGCUCCCGGUUCGAAGAAGCGCAAGAAGCACGCUACCGCUGACGGUACGGCGGAUGUCACUGCAGACGCUGCCGGGUUUGUUUCUAAACAGACAUCUGACGUCAAAAGCCGGAGUAACACUUCAGCGCCGGUCCCUAACGGCGCUUCUGGAAAUGGCAUCAAGAAUGCUGCUACUUCCUCUCUCACUGCCCGUGUAUUGGCGGAGGAGAGUGAGAAGAAGAAGCGCCGGAAGGGUAAUGAGAAUAUCGACAGUCUCUUUUCCAAGAAGGACGGGGCGUCGAAGAAUGGCGAUUUCAUGACCAGAGGUUUUUCUAUUCCUUCUGCUGCGCGGAGGUAG